AUGUUAGAUGAUGGGGCGACGGUAACAUUAAUAGACUCGAAAUUAGCACAACAAAUAGGAGCAGAGGGAACAAAUACCAUAUUACGAUUACAAGCUGUAAAGGGAACCGAGAUAGUUGACAGCAAGAGUCAAAUGAUUAAUUUUGAUAUUACGAACCCAUUAGAUAAACAAAAGAACAGGUACGAAAUAAGAGAUGCACAGACUAUUAAAAAUCUAAGGUUACCUCCUCAAAGUCUGCACGCAGAAGAUGUCGAAACAUAUAAACAUCUGAGACAUAUAGAUAUCAAUUAUUAUCACUUCGUCAGACCGAAAAUAUUAAUUGGUCAAGAUAAUAGUCAUUUAAUAACACCAAAAGAGAUACGAAUCACAUCGGUAUAUGAACCAGUGGGAUCACUCACACAACUCGGCUGGACAAUUCACGGCAACUUGAAACGAAGAAACCCUAAAGAAAAUGAAGAACACGUUGGACAGUUGUCUCUAAAACAAGUAAACGGCUACGAUGAAAAAGAUACUAUAAAUGAUCUUCAUCGAAUUGUGAAGUUAAAUUUUAAUCUCGAAUCUAUUGGGAUUAAAUUGAUAUGUCGAAAGGAUAAAGACUCUGCACGUGUUGAAAGGAUCUUACAUGAUACUACACGAAGAGUUGGAAAUAAAUGGGAAGCUGGUCUUUUAUGGAAAAAAGACUCUAUAAAAAUGCCAAACAGUAAGGAAUAUGCGAAGAAAAGAUUAGAGGCUGUCGAACGUAAGAUGGAUCGAGAUGCUGACUACGGAAAACAAUAUACUCGAGAAAUAGAAAAUUUAAUUCGAUCUAAGUACGCAAAAAAGAUAGACGAUUCAUAUAAACCAAGUGAUUGCACUUGGUAUUUACCUCACUUCGGCGUUCAGAAUCCAAGUAAGCCUGGAAAAUUUCGACUCGUAUUUGACGCUGCAGCAAAAGUGGAUGGAAUCUCAUUAAACGAUCAACUAAUGACUGGGCCGGACUUGGUGACUCCGCUGUUAAGCGUGAAGAUCCGCAACGAAGACCAGAACGCUCAGCGAUUUUUGUGGCGAGGGUGGAAUAGAAAAGAAGAACCAUCCACGUAUGUGAUGACGUCCAUGAUAUUCGGAGCAGCGUCAUCGCCUCACAUGGCUCAGUAUAUAAAAAAUAAAAAUGCAAAAGAGCUGGAAGGAAAAUAUCCGGAAGCGGUAAAGGCCAUUAUAAAAAACCAUUAUGUGGAUGAUUAUCUGGAUUGUGUCGAAGGUGAAGAAAAGGCCAUUGAAAGGAUAAAUCAAGUAACCACAAUACAUAAAAAUGGAGGAUUCGAGAUAAGAAACUGGGCAUGCAACAGCGACAAGGUAUUGGCUACAAUGGGAACUACGGCUCCAACGAAAGGAUCGAUCAACCUGGUAAUGCUUGAUGAGAACACACAUAAAACUCUUGGCCUGAUAUGGGACCCACGAGAAGAUAUGAUAACCUUUGAUCUAAGCUUUAAAAGAAUAGCAGGGAAUAUAUUGGAUGGAUCGGAAAUACCAACGAAGCGUCAAAUGUUACAGACUAUUAUGUCUGUCUACGAUCCGUUGGGAAUGUUGAGCCCAUACCACGUUAAAGCUAAAAUUCUACUCCAAAACGUAUGGAGAAGUGGGAUCGAUUGGGACGAAAGAUUAAAAAUACCAGAAUUCGAAAAAUGGAAACUAUGGAUAAACGAUAUAGAAGGAGUCAAAAAGGCGAAAAUACCAAGGUGUUAUAGAAUGAGGCGUGAGAAACCCGAGAGAUUAGAGCUACAUACAUUUAGUGAUGCUAGCGAACAAGCUUACUCGGCUGUCGUAUAUUGGAGAAUGGUCUAUCCGGAUGGGAACGUAGAAGUAUCAUACGUAGUAGGUAAAAGCCAAGUAUCGCCCCUAAAACCAAUAUCCAUACCGAGAAUGGAACUACAAGGUGCUCUGAUAGGCAGUAGAUUGGCUGACUUCGUAACUCGAGAACUUGAGAUGAAAAUCGAUGAACGUUAUUUUUGGACAGACUCUAGGAAUGUACUAUCUUGGAUAAAUGCAGAUCCUCACAAAUAUCAAGCAUUCGUUGCCCACCGUCUCGGUGAAAUUAGUGAAAUAACGAGCCCACAUGAGUGGAGGUGGGUAAGCACGAGAGACAAUCCGGCGGAUGUAGCCACUAGAGAUCGUGGAAAAAUAGAAGUACAAUUGUCGAAAUGGUUACAAGGAGCUGAAUUCCUAAAAAAAACGAGUGACAAUUGGCCACCAUUUACUACAACAAAGGAGAUAAGCGUCGAAAGGAAGAUUACUUGUCUAAACGUAACGAGAACACAAAAAGAAUUCGAAUUACCAGAUAUAAAUCGGUUUUCGAAAUGGUUACGAUUAAUUCGAUGUACCGCAUGGGUAUAUGUGGCGAAGAAGAUAUGGAUUGAAAGAACGAAAAUGAAGCCAACUGCAGAAAAUCAAUGGAUUCAGAAAACUCAGUACGAUUCCUUCGAAAAGGAACUCGAAGCCAUUAAAGCCGGUCGUCCGAUCCAGAAAGACAGUCGAUUAUGCAAGCUGCCACUGAUGAUUGAUAAGGAUAUACUAAAAAUUGAUAGCAGAAUAGGAUUAGCAAACAACAUCAACCAAAAUAUGAAAAAUCCUGUUAUUAUAGAUGGAAAACAUAGAUUCGCCAAGUUGUUAAUCCUACAUUGGCACGAGAAACUGCAUCAUGGAUUUACGGAGGCCGUUAUCAACGAACUGCGUCAACGGUACUGGAUCCUGAAUAUCAGGCCUACUGUAAAAAAAGUAAUAUCGCAAUGUCAGCAGUGUCGAAUAAAAAGGGCUAAACCCGAAGCACCUAGGAUGGGAAACCGACCAGAAGCGCGAAUGGAUAAGAACGAGAGACCAUUUACUCGAUGCGGCCUCGAUUAUUUUGGUCCGAUGAUAAUCACAAUCGGGAGAAAACAUGUAAAAAGGUGGGGUGUACUUUUCACCUGCUUAACUGUUCGCGCCAUCCACGUAGAAUUAGCACACACACUUUCUGCGGAUUCUGCGAUCAUGGCAAUAAGACGUAUGUCUGCACGUCGUGGUACACCAACCGAGAUAUAUUGUGACAACGGGACCAAUCUAAGAGGCGCCGAGACGGAACUAAAAAAGGCUUUGUCGGAAAUGGAUGUCGAGAAAAUUGAAAACCAUGCAGCAAAUCACGGAAUCCGAUGGAAAUUCAUACCCCCGUCGGCCCCUCACAUGGGGGGAGCCUGGGAAAGAAUGAUACGGAGCGUUAAGAAUGCUCUAUCUGCAGUCUUAAAAGAGAGAGCACCUAAAGAAGAGACUAUAAUGACAUUAAUGUCUGAGGUCGAACAUACGGUGAACAGCAGACCAUUAACCCACGUACCAAUUGCUCCUGACGAUACUGAAGGUCUGACUCCUAAUCAUUUUUAA